CUUUAAGACUGUUCAUAAAUUUAAAAAUUUUCCCACCAUUUUUAAUCAUCAUUAUUUUAUCCCUUCAAUGGUUUUGAGCCAAAUUUACUCGAGAUUUAUUUGAAUCAUUGCCAUUGAGGGGAUAUAUCAUUUUAUUUUGACAUAAAGGCUUAAUUAAUUUACCAAUACUAUUUACACGAACAAAUAAUCAUGACAACAAAUUUCCAAAUCAUUAAUAUGUACUUUCUUAAAAUAAUAACAAAAUUGAUAUAUUAUAUAAAAUAUGGACCAUCAAAAGUUAAGAUUUUUAGGACAUCAGAUUAUGAUCUGAAUAAGGAUGAACGAAAAGAAAAAUAUGAAAAUUAUUAUAUAUUAUGUGAAAAAUGUAUCCAAGAAAUUAAUAAACGAGAUUAUAAAUGUAAAGAUUGUUAUAAUAAGGAAACUGAUCCUAAUGAAAAAAUUCGUAUGCGACUUGGAAGUUGUAAAGAAUGUCAUCAAGUAAAUAAAUAUUCUGUUGGAUGUUUAUCUUGCAUUGUUAAGCAUUUUAAAAAAGAUUUUGAUAAAUGGACUAGCGGUAAUGAAGCUAUUGAUAAACUAAUAUUAGAAAAUCAACUCUCUUUUAAUAAUUACAAUGAUUUAUUAGAAUGGAUUCCGUAUAAUAAAUUUGAAAGUAUUAAAUAUAUAGCUGAAGGAGGGUUUGCUAAAGUAUAUUCAGCUAAAUGGAUAGAUGGCCGAAUUAAAAGAUGGAAUCCAUUGUCUAAUAGUUGGGAAAGGAGCGGGAAAAUAAAAAUUGCUUUGAAAAUAUUAAAUGAUUCGGAAAAUAUCAGUGAAAAUUUUCUAAAUGAGAUAAAAGUUCUUAUUAAAGCCAGUUAUCCAGGAAUAGUGAAAUGUUUCGGAAUUACUCAAGAACCCAUAUCACUUAAUUAUGCAUUAGUAUUAGAAUACGUGAAAAAUGAUUUACGUUCAUAUCUAUAUCAAAAUAAUAAUAAUUCAAUUACAUGGGGACAGAAAUUGAAUAUUAUUAAACGUAUUUGUUAUGGACUUCAUAUUAUUCAUGAUAUGGAAUUAAUUCAUAAAGACCUUCAUCCAGGCAACAUUUUAACCGAUGUUGUUACACUUAUCAGUGAUUUUGGUUGUUGCAUUCCAGCAAAUAUAACUUCAUCAGAUUCGUAUAUCUAUGGAGUAAUGCAAUAUAUGGCACCAGAAAUAUUACGUGGAAAACAACAUACAUUAGCGUCUGAUAUAUAUUCUUUGGGUAUCAUCAUAAAUGAAAUAAUUACCAUAACGCCACCAUUUAAUAAUCAACCACAUGAUCAUUUUCUCGCAUUGGAUAUUUGUCAGGGUUUACGUCCAAAUACUAUUAGAACAGAAACAAUAAAAACUUCAUAUUCAUUAAAUUUUUUAAAAGAACUAAACGAAUUAAUUGAAGAAUGUUGGGAUGCAAAUCCAAAAAAUCGACCCACUUCUAAAGAAAUUUGCGAUAUUUCUUUAGAUAUUUUAAAUAAUUACACCAAUCAAAAGCAAGUUGAAGAACAGAAAAAUCCAUCAAGUAAUUUUGAUGAAACCAUCAAUAUCACUUUAAAUUUAUCAAAUACAAUUAAAACUCAUUCACAACCUAUUUAUACAAGUAAAAUUCUUGAAUUACCACCAUACCUACCAGAACCAACAAAUUGUCCAAAUCAACAAGAAUUUGUAUCAUCAAGAAUCGCACAAACUGUACAAUCAGAAAAAUUUAACGACCCGCAAUCUGAAUGUUUAGAAUGUAUUAUUAAAGAUCGAUAAAUAUAUCUUUAUAUUUAUGUACAUCUUGUACUAUUACCAUUAAAGUAUAAUAAAUUUAAUUCUUAUGUUUAAUCAUUAUACAAGUUUUCCAU